GCGGGGGAGGAGGGUUUGAUGUCCGGGAAGGAGGGCAAGAUGGCGCCGGGUAGGGCGGCGCUGAGGCUGACGGGAGUUUCGCCCGCCUCCUUCCGGGCCCUUAGCUCCGCCGUGGCCGGGGGCUUCCCGAAGCAGGUGAAGGUCGUCGAGGUCGGACCCCGGGACGGACUGCAGAACGAAAAGGGGGUGGUCCCGACGCCGGUGAAGAUCCAGCUGAUCGACAUGCUGUCGGACGCCGGCCUCCCGGUCAUCGAAGCCACCAGCUUCGUGUCCCCCAAGUGGGUCCCGCAGAUGGCAGAUCACGUCCAAGUCCUGCAGGGAAUCCGGCGCUCGCCCGGCGUCACCUACCCGGUCCUGACUCCCAACCUUAAGGGAUUCGAAGCCGCGGUACGUGUCCUGUGUCCUCGGCUGCCCGUAUCAAGGGAAGGUGGCACCGGCCAAGGUGGCGGAGGUCUCCAAGAAGAUGUACUCGAUGGGCUGCUACGAGAUCUCGCUGGGCGACACCAUCGGCGUGGGCACCCCGGGGGGCAUGAAGGACAUGCUGUCGGCCGUGCUGGGCGAGGUGCCCGUCGAGGCCCUGGCCGUCCACUGUCACGACACCUACGGCCAAGCCCUUGCCAACGUCCUGAUGGCUCUGCAGAUGGGGGUGAGAGUGGUGGACUCCUCGGUCGCCGGCCUCGGGGGUUGCCCGUACGCCCAGGGGGCGUCGGGGAACGUGGCCACCGAGGACCUCGUCUACAUGCUGCACGGGCUGGGCGUCCACACGGGCGUGAACCUGCAGAAGCUGAUGGAAGCCGGGGCCUUCAUCUGCCAGGCCCUGAACCGGAGAACCAACUCCAAGGUGGCCCAGGCCUCCUGCAGGCUGUGAGCCACGGGGGCCCCGGCCGGCCCCGGCCCGCUCGGCAGGCCGGCCCAGGGGGUGCGGACGGGAGAGACCCCGGUUUAGGAUCGGGGGGGAUGGGGCGGGAGGCCGCAGGGCCCCGAGGCUCGAGGUGGACCCCGUUGGAGGCCCCAGAGGAGCCUGGGCGGGGGAGAAUUCUCUCCGCGAGCCCGACGGGCACCGGCCCACCAGAGACCGGCCGCCCCGUUCUGUCCGCGCCCCUGCCCGCUGAGCUUCCCGUCCUCCGGGGGGUGGCCGCCACCCCGGGGGAGGAGGGAGGGCGGCCCUGCCCGCGAAGACCCGUGCCACUUUAGCCGUGGGGGAGGCCGCGGGCCUCGCCCUCGCCCUUCCAAACUGCCGGACGACCAAGGGGGUGGUGUGGGUCGGAUUCCGUCUUCUAGGAAAUGUAAUUAAAGCUGGAAUGAAGAUGAACCUCA